UUAUUCUCUGCAUGUUAUUGACCCAUAAUAUCUUGUGUUCUCUUUUCAGAUGUAACUGGUCGGAUUGAGGAUAAACCUGCAAAGAGGGGGCAGGAACCUUGGCUCUUUUACUUCCACUGCAGCAGACUAGUCUGGGGGAGAAGAUGAUCUACAGGAUUUUGUUGCUCAUCAACCUGACCUGCUAUGUCUGUGGGAGAAGAUGAUCUGCAGGAUCCUGCUGCUCAUCAACCUGACCUCUUAUAUCUGUGCAGGAACAUUUGUCGUGAAUGUGACACAGACCUCCUAUCAGGCAGAGGAGAACCACAACAUCACACUGGAGUGGAUGUUCACAACCAAAACUGACAGUUCCCCUAAUUCCCUUUUCAUCUACUGUGAACUGAGAACUGGUCACAGAGACUUAGUAUUGUAUCAUAUACAACAAGGUGUUGAGGUCCCAAACACUCAGGAUCAACAGUUUACAGGACGAGUCCAGUGUGAAAAAGACUUCCUCAGAGAAGGACGAAUCAGACUUCUUCUGUCCAGACUGAGGACUAAUGACUCGGGCCUGUACCUGUGUGAAGUGCUGACAAAUUAUGGGAGUAGCUUGGACAAAUGCCGGCUCAGUGUCACUGCAGUAAGGAAUUGGCAAGAAUCUGAGGGACCAAACACAACAGGUCGGAGAAGAAUCGGCCUCUACUGUGGACUGGGACUGACAGCAGCAGCAGCAGCUGUACUGGUUGUUUGUAAAAAGUCCAGCUCGGAAUUCAAGAAAAGUUCCAGCUCUGCAGAAAGAUCACAGAAAUAACAGAAAACUGUUUGAUCAACAAUUUUUCAGAUGGUGUCCUCGUUUUGGAUUUUACAUCUCACUUCAUGACAAAAUUCUGUGAGAUGACAUCUUCAGCCCAGAAAAACUGUGAAAAGAAAAGAAAACCUGCACUAUUACUGUCACUGUUACUGUAUCAAGAAAAGAAAAUGGAGAAGUUUUUUGUGUUCAUCAGAGAGGCUUCAUCAAUUCUACUGUAUGAUACAAAGCUGCCCUGCCUUUAUCCUUUCAACAGGAAGAGGAUACUUGUGAUGAAUGUCUUCAGAGGACAGACUCUUACAUGUCAUCGGUCGGAGUAUCAGACAGGGAGUGAAUGCUGUCCCAUGUGUCCUGUUGGCAAUCGAGUUAAAACAGACUGCACGGAGUACCGCAGUACUUCCUGUCUGCCCUGUACUGAGGGGACCUUCAUGAAUCAACCUACUGGAUUAAAACAGUGUUUUGCCUGUACAAACUGUGAUGCAGGUUCUAAUUUGAAAAUAAAUCUGACAUGUACGACAACGUCAGACACAGUUUGUGAACCACUGGAGGGAUUCUUCUGUCUGGAAUCUACAGAGAACGGCUGUGUGGCAGCGCAGAAACACACACGCUGUAAACCAGGACAAUAUAUCCGUCACAAAGGAACAGCGCAGAGAGACACUGAGUGCUCGGGCUGCAGUGAAGGAAAAUAUUCAGAUGGAACCUUUACAUCCUGUCGGUCACACACAAAAUGUGAAACAUUAAAUCUUCAAGUGAUAACACCAGGAACUGUUUCAACUGAUGCUGAAUGUGGAGAACAAAUAGCAAACAGGACAGCAGUUGUGGUCGGCAUUGUAGUGCCUUGUAUAGUAAUGAUUGUAGCAGCACUUGUAAUUUUCCUUCUCAGAAAGAAGAAAGGAUGUCUAAACACAGAAAAUAAAAGAAACACAGAGAAUGGAAACGUGGACAAUUUACAAAUGGAAGACCCAAUGAUAUCACAAUGUCCCUGACAUCAACACCAGCAGGAUGAGACAGUAACAUAUUGUCCAGAUGGAGGAUGCAGAGACAUUGUAUUUGAGAGGAUAGACAUUAAAUGAGUCCCAGCUGAACCUGCACCAGAGAGCCCUGGAAUAAAUGCUUGGAGACUGUAACUAGCAUAUAAACUGAUGGUCAUUAUGAUCACACAGAGCUCAAGGUUGACUCUGAACACCAGACUGACUGAAACUGAACUGUACCUGUCAUAAAUAAGAACCAGUAACUGGAUCAGAGGACAGAUGCUGUGUCAUGAACCUCAACAUGAUGGGACAAAACUCUCCUUCCACCUGGCCUCAUUUGUGCUUAUGAAUGACGGAGCCUUUUCAGGGUGAUCCUUUCAUACCCAAUCAUGAUACUAUCACCUGUUAACAACCUGUUUACUUGUGUAAUGUUCCAAACAGGUGGUUUUGUUUUUUGUUUCAGCAUUCCACACCAUUCCCUGUUUUUCUUUGGCUCAGUCAAAACUUGUUUGCAUUUACAAAAAUCAGUAACGCUGACAAAGAAAGUAAUCAUUCAUUAUAAAUAUUAAAUAUUG